GCCGACGCGCGCCUCUACCGUGAUCGCGGCUCGCGAACAUAACCUCAUGUACACAACGCUCGCGCCGCACGCUACAUAGCAACCCCUGGGAUACGUACGUAUCCCAAUCGACCUCGUACUCCACACAAAAAAUCCAUCGACCCUAACCUAACACUGACGCCAUAACAACCCUUAUUCACUUCACUCGCAGUCGCUCCCUCUAAUUAUUGACUCCCCUAAACUUUGUUGAAAAAUCCGUUCGCUCUCAAUUCGCUUUUAUUGCUGUAAUAUUUUUAUUACUCUCUCGCUCACACAGCGAACAAUUCCUCUCGGCGAUAGCCGUCAGAGCUUCCUCCUUCUAUUUCCUCGAUUGAUUUAAUUAAGAUAUAAAGGCGACAAUUAUUUUUUUCCUAGAUUUCAUUAGCCGGAAAGCUUCUCUUUGGAGGCUGUUAGAAGUGAGACUGUGUUGCGAAACGGUUUUGUCGUCACCGUUAACUGUAAUCGGGUCAAUUAAGGCGCGCUGAACCAUGACACUGCGUUGACAUUGACGUAUUCGGUUUCCCUCGUGUGAACAGUGGAUGUGACAGUGCGGUUUUUCGUGGCCGGCGUGGUAGGAGGUGCAUGGUGGCAUAAAGCCCGCCGCAGCGGAUGUGCACACCGCUGCAGACCUGGUGGUUCGUGCCGGCUGGAAUGCCAGCUGCUCUUGACCUAACUAGGUACAAGAGCGGGGUGCGCUCAGUGAGGGGCGGGGGCGGCGGCGGCGGCGGCGGCGCAGAGGAGGCGCGGCGCAGCGGCCUCAAGGCGCUGCCGAAGCGCGCCCGCACUCGCUGUAGGGGCAUGAACAUGGGUCAAAAGCUGUCCGGCGGAGUCAAGUCGGUGUCGCGCGAGUGCACGGCGCCAUUCAAGGCGGUGGUUGCGCGCGAGCUGGCGCCCGAGCCGCCGCGGCCGGCGCGGCUGGACGCGCUGCUAGAUGCGCCUCCCGCGCACCCCGACCAGCAGAUCAAGCAUGCGUGGAAUCCAGAUGACAGAUCACUAAACAUAUUCGUAAAAGAAGAGGACGCGUUAACGUUCCACCGACACCCGGUGGCCCAGAGCACGGAUUGCAUCCGAGGCCGAGUGGGCUACUCGCGUGGUCUCCACUGCUGGGAAGUGGUGUGGCCGGCGCGCCAGCGGGGCACGCAUGCGGUGGUCGGCGUGGCUACGGCACACGCGCCGUUGCAUUCCGUUGGGUACCAGAGCCUAGUCGGCGCCACGGACCAAAGCUGGGGAUGGGAUUUAGGCAGAAAUAAGGUGUAUCACAACGCCAAAGGCACGGGCGGCAGCGGCACGACCUACCCGUCUUUACUACGGCCCGACGAGCAGUUCUUAGUGCCAGACCGACUGCUCGUAGUCCUGGACAUGGAUGAAGGCACCCUGGCCUUCUGCGCCGACGGCCGUUAUCUCGGAGUAGCGGCGCGUGGCUUGCGCGGGAAAACGCUUUAUCCUAUCGUGUCGGCUGUGUGGGGACAUGCAGAGAUCACUAUGAAGUACAUCGGCGGGCUAGACCCCGAGCCCCUGCCGCUAAUGGAACUGUGCCGGCGCGUGAUCCGGCAGCGCGUGGGCCGCCCGCGCCUUCGGGCCGCCGCGUCCCGCUUGGCUCUACCGCCCGCGCUCACCGCUUACCUGCUCUACCGUGCGCCCUAACGCCGCGUCCCGCCCGCGACCUCCGCCUCGCAAUCCACGCCGCAGGUAUAGCUCGCGCGACACGACUUGAGGCAUCAACACGAGCAGAGAACUGGAUACGAGCGAUCACCGUCUCGGGAUAAGCUGACGUCACAAGCGAGCCCCUGCGUUGUCGUCUCGCAUGGUUGCCAGUGUAUUUGAACUUGAAUGUGUAGUGUUGUGUACGCCUCAACUUUCGUUGAGCGACCUAUACAGCAGACCACUCUCGCCCAGUAAGUGCCUCGGACGCGCUCGAAACCGAAUUUUUGUGACACCCGAUAUAAUGCGCUAGUGACACGAUGAAACUGCACAAUUAAAGGUUAAGUUCACCGUACGUGCAAUAUACGAAUUUUUUAUUGACAAACAGAUUUAUGUUGUAGAUCGAAUGUGCCACUUAUUAAUGUAAAACGGUUGAACAGCACGUGAUUGUAGUGUGCCACAAAUGGAACGGUUGAGUGUCGCCUGAUCCCCAUUGCUUGAACAAAAGUCAUGAGCCAGCGAAACGCUCGUGCGAUCCCUGUGAUAAGUCGAUGUAAAUCACAGCGAUCGACCAAGUUUCAAUGAGCACUAAGAUUGAACACAUUUGGACGGGACGUCACAGUGAUAAUUGUGUCGGUGACACAUUUUCAUUCUUUGGAUAUCAGAGUAGUACGAGUUGCGUCAAGAAGGCUUAUAAGCGUCGUAUGACAAGGAAAUAGUUUAUUUUAUCUAAAGACUCUAAACCCACUAUGUAUUUGUUAUACGACGCUGACAUACUUGGGCGAGUGGCUCUGUCCUCAGCGAAACGCCGCAGUACCUGCAAUCUCCGCUUCCAGAUAAUUGUAGCAUAACAAAUAAUGGAAUAGCACUCCGGUAGAAAUUACUGAAUUCGUAAUAUGACGAUAUUUUAGAAGUUACAAAAUAGAUGAUACAAAUGCCUCCGUAUUGCACCGUUAGUGACUACUCGAUACUGGACCGGUCAGCGGAUCAGUCGAUGUUCGAGAAUUAUAUGAAAUGAGCUAUAUUAUGCCAUUAUUUUUAUAAAUGGCCUCCGCCCCACAAAUGAAAACGCCAAAAGUUAAUGUUUACUUCAAUGUAAAUUUUUCAUAAUAUAUUGUACAUUAAAUUCGCAAAUCGGCCCGGAGACGUAUAUUUAAACGCGGGUUGUUUUAGAUGAUUAUUACGACGUUAUUAGAAUUUUCUAUUAGCAAACUAUUCGGGUUUAAAUAUACGUUUUGCGAAACGCAAUCGGAGCAGUUUGUCGCAAAUGAAACAAUAAGCACGUCUCGAAUCGAUGUUUACCGUGAUCUGGAGUUUGCUCGACUACCCAUUGUUCAUAACGAGCCCAUUACGCGUGAAAUGGUGAUUUUAUUUACAAAGAAGUACCCGAUUUGAACGUAGUGCCUAUUUAAAUCCGUCCGCACGCCCGAUCACGGUAAAUUCUCCAGAAAUAAACCUAAAAUAUAGAAUAGAUCUGUAGACAAAUCAUAGCAGGGUUUUAAGGAUUAUAAGGGCGAAUCUCAACGAGAUCUCUCAACAAACAAACCUACAUUUUCUAUAAAUUUUGUUAUACCUGGCUUCCGACCAGUUAGCAUCUUGUCCCUGCUCAAAUAACGCGUACUUGAUAUACAGAGGCCACGGAUCGUUGCAGCGGGUGUUAAAAUUAUAUUCGAUUGCAUUUUUUUUAGAAUAAACAUAUUUAAUGUAUGUAUAUCCGAACGUAUUAUAUCGCCCGCGAAAAAAUAUAUUUUAUACCGAUUAUAAAAAUCCACGAAUGCCUGAACAUCGCCUGUGGACCAAAUAAUCGGUAGCAAUCGAGCAAUGAGAGCUCCAGAAGUUAUUGCAAAUCAUUUUAGUUAUAAUUAUUAUUAUUUCUACAAUUCCAGCAUAAAUAUCUUACUUUUUAUUUUAACGUUAUCUGUGAUAAUUUUUACUAUAAUGACAAAUUGAAAUCAGCGAAUUAUUACUGAAUUCAAUGCAUAUUUCUCGUCCAUUAAUUUGUUGCAUUGACGUCGAACCUCUCCGAGCCUCACUGUGCGGUGACUGCGGUAUUUAGUGGCGGGCGAAUGUGGUACUGUUCCGUUACCGAAAUCAAUCUAUGGACAAUUUAUAAGCGAUAUUAUAAGUUAGCUGUGGCAAUUGCUGAUAUUGUGUUAACUUGAUCAACUGUAAUGCAACCGCACGUGUUAUGAAGCCAUAUUGAUCUCUUAAAAUACGAUCUCUUCUCUGACGCGGUGUCGUUGCAGAGACGCGUAUUUUACUUGUUAAGGAGUAAUGUAGAAGGAACAACAGCAAGUUAUGAUAACUCACGAGCCUCGGCAAUUACUAAUAACUAUAAUUAGGAUGUCAUUGUUCUUACAACAAUCGCAUUACGCCGGACCGCGGUCCGCGCCCUAGGCCAGUGUAUCGUUGGCAAUCUUACAUACUAUUUUAUAGCUCAUUAAGUGACUGGUUUAUUAUUUUUUUAGUUUAGUAUCCUUAAUUCCUAUUGUAAAAACGUGUGAGUGUGUAAUGUAUAUAUUUACGAUAUACGCAAUGUAUCCACGAGAAUAAGUGAAUGUGUCACCCAGGGAUUAUUUUAGCUGUACAUUUCUGAAACUUAGUGUAUUUAGAUUGGUAUAUUGCGAAUUAAUAUCUUCUCGUUAUGUCUUCUUUUGCGACUCUUAGACUUAUAGGUAUAAUGCAAUAAAUUAAUGAAAAUAGUAUUUUCAAAGCACUGUACUAAUCGAAUCGUCAGCCAUUUUUGACCCAAAUUAGUUGUAUCGUAAAAUUAUAAAGAUGUGUAAGUACUUCCAUUUUAAUAAGAUUUUUUCAUAUGUAGAUUGUACGGCAAAGUAGACAUCCCAUGUGGAGCUCACUAUUGUUAAAUGUUAAUAUUCACAUUUUAUCUCUCGCCUUCAUGUUUUAUAUGUAAUCACGUAGUGUAGUAUCUGUUCAAGUGCAAACGCUACAUUAUUUUAUAUCGUUGUGAGGUUCCAUGUGAAUAUUGACAUAACGUGAGAAUGACUAUGAUAAACUGCCAAAUGCGACGUGAAUGGACGUGCAGUGAGAGCGAGUGCGAGUGAGAGCGAGUGCGCGAGGCGUGAGCGGGACGGAUGAGUGCACGCGAGUGAGUCGAGUCCGAUAGAAGGAUAUUUUCAUUGUGUAAGAGAUAUAAUCAUGAUAA